GCCAGUCAAAAUUCUUUCUAUAUAAUGAUUAUGUAGGUGUGACUAGUCAGCUGAUGUCCAACAUAAAAUUACGUAGGAUCAGCAUUGAAUUUACUUUCUUUUAAAAAAUUUCUUUGAAUAAAUUUAAUUUGCUUCGAAAACGAGGGAAAAAUGGCAUUACAUUCUGCAAGUAAAGGCAAACUUCUUGCAGUGAUUGGCGAUGAGGACACAUGUGUGGGUUUCUUACUAGGUGGAGUUGGAGAAAUCAAUAAACAUCGCCAACCUAAUUUUAUGGUUGUAGAUAAAAAUACAGCAGUAAGUGAAAUAGAGGAUACUUUUAAACGAUUUAUUAAACGUGACGACAUUGAUAUCAUCCUUAUUAACCAGAAUGUAGCUGAAAUGAUUCGUCAUGUGAUAGACAGUCACACUCAACCAAUACCUGCUGUAUUGGAAAUCCCGAGCAAGGAUCACCCUUACGAUGCCAGUAAGGAUUCUAUUUUGAGACGUGCCAAAGGAAUGUUCAAUCCGGAAGAUAUCCAUGCAUAAUAUGUAUACAGUAUUAAAUUUGCUGUUAAUUACUCUACACAGAUGUAUAAUAAACUAGAAUUAUUUGUUAUUGCAUUUCA